CAUGAUCUCGUCUUGGAAUUUCUGCUCAAGUCCUUGGAAACUAAUUUCGGAAGAAAUGCCCCCUUGACUUGAAAAGAAAUGCCUUGGAGACGAAAAUAAGCGCCUUCCAUCGGAAGAAGUAACGAACAGAAAAUACAGUCGAAUCGUUGGAGGCUUUAACCUCAGAAUCCUUGGUGGCGCCUACAUCAACGACAGGAAGGAAACCAUGUGGAGAACGGCUAUGGCGCGCGCCACCAGUGCUCUUCGGUCGCCUUUGCACGGAAUUACCGGCACAUCUUUCCGCCGCCACUACGCGUCCAGCAGCAGCCCUUCUUCUUCUGUUGUGGUUAACUCCAUGAUUCUCCGUUCUCUUAAAGAACACUACGUCGAAGUCUCCAAAAUGGCUCCUCCGCCGAAGGUGAGUCCUCCUCCACAAUUUACAGUGGUAAAAGGGGCACUCGAUAGUGGCGGUCCGGUUUUGAAGCGAAUGUAUGGAGAUGAGGAGAUCAGUAUCUCGGUGAUGCGGAUGGUUAACAUUCUCCCCGGAGUAGAUCCUGCUGAAAUUGAUGGUGAUGAUGAGAUCAAUCAGUUGUUUCUUCAUGCUGAUAUAUCGAAGCCCGGACAAGACUUCGUUUUGCAUUUUCUCUGCGGGUUGUACCCAGAUGCUUUGGGAAUUCAUUCUGUUUCCCUAAGACAUAAGCUCGAAACCUCAGGGCUCCUUGAGGUUCCAUCCAAAUACAAUGGUCCUAGUUUUGAAGCUCUUGAUGAUAGAAUGAGGGAUGCAUUUCAUGGUUACAUCGAAGAGAGAGGUAUAAAUGAUGGUCUAUUCCCGUUCCUGCAAGCAUGGCUUUACGUGAAGGAUCACCGGAGUCUUAUGCAUUGGUUUAAAUCAGUAGGGACAUGUGUUAAGACAAGCAAGUAAGUUUCAUAUGGAUUUCUUAGAUGGAUUUAUUUCCCUUAUGGAUAAAUUACUGUCGUUUCUCUACCUUAAUAACGUAUCUUUAUUAGUAUUUAGCCUCAUAUUUAUGCAUUCCAAUUCUUUUACCGAAUUAUUUUAUGCAUUUUGUGUUCCAACUUAAGUACAUGUGAAUCCAAAUUUAGUUUGAUU